AAUAAAUAUAGCUGCCAACAAUCUAUUCCAAGGUGCGGAGUGCCAACCAAUUGUGAAAACAUCAAUUUUCUGUAAAACGUGCAAAUCCAUUAAGGAAUUAGAAAUCGCCAAAUCGCUGUAAUUCUACAGACGAAAUGAUUUUUAAUAUCUUUUUAAUAAUUUCAAUCAAACACAUUAUUUAAUUUUGAGGCCCUACUUGGUAGUUGUUCUACCAUAAAUGGCCGACUACUCCAAUAUAUUAUUAGCAGGUGUUCCAAAGCAAGUCAAGAUUCAUUGAUCUUCAACUUCCAUAAUCAUGCAACAGAGAAGCAAUUACUUCUAUAUUACUACUUUCCUGUUCACAUGUUUACUCCAAUGUUGUACUUCAACUGACACCAUCACCCAAAACCAAUCAUUCAAAGAUGGAGAUUUAUUAGUCUCCAGUAAUAAAUCCUUUGCCUUUGGUUUCUUCAGCCCUGGAGCUUCCCUGAAUCGUUAUGUUGGUAUCUGGUAUAACAGAGUUUCAGAGCAAACUGUGGUCUGGGUUGCAAACAGGAAUAACCCCAUCAAUGGCAGCCAUGGAGUCCUGUCCAUUGAAACUCCCGGAAAUCUUGUUCUUCGUGAUCAGAGCAAUAAGAACAAGCUGAUUUGGUCUACAAAUGUUUCGAUUUCGGGCUCCUCUGCAGCCAAUUCUUCUUUCAUUCAGCUCAUGGAUACUGGGAAUUUGGUAUUAUUUGGAGGUGAAGGAAACAGGGGAAUCAUUUCAUGGCAGAGCUUUGAUUAUCCAACUAAUACUUUACUUCCUCACAUGAAACAAGGGGUGAAUCGGACUUCCGGUUUGCUCUGGAGCCUGACAUCUUGGAAGUCGAAAGAUGAUCCGGGAACCGGCGAUUUUCAGUUCAAGAUGGUUCUUAAUGGUUCACCACAGUUCUUUCUGUACAAGAAUUCCGAAAGGCUAUGGCGAUCAGGGCCAUGGAAUGGAAUACAGUUGAGUGGAGUACCUGAUAUGACUACAAGAUUCAUCUUCAGUGUUGAUUAUGUGGAGAACAAUAAUGAAGUUAGCCUUUCCUAUGCUAUUCAUAAUCCCUCAAUCUUUUCCAGGAUGGUCCUAAACGAAUCAGGGACAAUGGAUAGGCUAACAUGGCAAGAAGGUCAGAAAAGCUGGGUUCAAUUCUGGACGGUCCCGAAAGAUCAAUGCGAUUAUUACAGCCAUUGUGGUGCUUUUGGAGACUGCAAUCCGUAUAAAUUGGGUGAAUUUGAGUGUGAAUGCCUUCCUGGAUAUGAGCCUAAAGUGAAAAGCGAAUGGUACUUAAGGGAUGGCAUCAAUGGUUGCACAAGAAAGCCUGGAGAACCAUUGUGUGGAAAUAGUACAAGGAAUGAUGUCGGCUUCAUAAAAUUGACAUCUGUUAAGGUUCCAGAUACUACGAAUGCGGUUGUAAAUCGGGUUCUGGGAUUGAAAGAAUGUGCUGAUUUUUGCUCGAAGAAUUGUUCAUGCACGGCUUAUACGAGUGCUAAUGUUAGCAACGGUGGAAGCGGCUGCGUCACUUGGCACGGUGAAUUGAUUGAUACGAGGCAGUUCUCAAAUCAGGGUCAGGAUGUUUAUAUCAAAGUUACAGCUUCUGAAUUAGCUGAAUAUGUGAAGAAUGUAAAGGGCUCACGCCACAAAAAGUGGAUAAUCAUCCUUGUAGCAUCCAUAGCACUGAUCGUUGUGCUGAUUUUUGUGAUUUUCAUUGUACUCAGAAAACGGAAAGGUAGAAGACAUUACAUACAGGAGCUGCUUAGCUUUAACCUUAGUCCACCUUCGGUAUCAUCCUAUGGAGGCUCAUCAUUAAAGAGAAAGCAGAUGGAUGAAAAUCGAGAUUUAACCAUAUAUGAUCUCAAAACGAUAAGUUGUGCCACUGAUUCCUUUGCUCUUGCUAACAAACUCGGAGAAGGAGGUUUCGGUUCAGUAUAUAAGGGCCGCCUGAGUAAUGGUUGCGAAAUCGCUGUGAAGAGAUUGUCUAAAAGUUCAGGACAAGGGAUAGAAGAAUUCAAGAAUGAAGUUACUCUGAUUGCAAGACUUCAGCACAAAAAUCUUGUUAAGCUUUUGGGAUGUUGCAUCCAGGAAGGGGAGAAAAUGUUAGUGUAUGAAUACUUGCCUAACAAAGGACUUGAUAAUUACAUAUUUGAUAAAGAAAAAGGAGAGUUGUUGGAUUGGAGAAAACGGUUUGAGAUAAGCUUAGGCAUUGCUCGAGGGAUCGUAUAUUUGCACCGUGAUUCACGGUUAAAAAUCAUUCAUAGAGAUCUGAAAUCGAGCAAUGUCUUGUUGGAUGCAAAUAUGCAGCCAAAAAUUUCAGAUUUUGGGAUGGCCAGAAUCUUUGGUGCAGAUCAGAUGGAGGCGAAAACACUCAGAGUGGUCGGAACUUAUGGCUAUAUGUCACCAGAAUAUGCAAUGCAAGGGCUGUUUUCAGAAAAGUCGGAUGUUUUCAGCUAUGGAGUCUUAUUGAUGGAGAUUAUUAGCGGGAAGAGAAACAGCAGUUAUUUCAAUGACGACGCAGUGAAUUUGAUUGGAUACGUCUGGGAGCUGUGGAAAGAAGGGAAGGCCUUAAAUAUAGUUGAUUCAGCAAUACUGGGGGAGUCGUAUAAUCCGGAUGAAGCUGGGAGAUGCAUUUUGAUCGGACUUUUAUGCGUUCAAGAACAUGCAAUGGAUCGGCCAACCAUGUCUGAAGUGCUUUCCAUGCUAAGCAAUGAAACAUCAGUUUCGUCCAUCUCUCCUAAAGAACCUGCUUUUGUUAUUAAAAAGUCUAGUUAUCAAAGUGAUAAAACUCAUACAUAUUCAUCGUCUGCUAGUUUAGGAGCUUCUGUGGAUGAUGUAACAAUUACCGUUGUUCGAGCUCGCUGAACAAUGCUUUAUGUACCAAACUAUUAAGUGUUGAUAUAUACCUUGCUUAGGAAGAAGAUUAGAUACAGCAAGUAGCAUAUGGCAUGUAAAUGUUUACCAAGCUCGCUGAAUAAAGCUUUUCUUUGGUAUGUACAUGGUGUCCAAGUCGUUACUUUGACUAAUUCAGAUUCGAUCCUAGUAGGUUUCUUUCAGGACACAAAACUCUUCCAAUAAAUAUUUUAAUCACUAUUAUUUGAUCC